UAGCAUAAUAUCGCAGUGAAGAAGAGUGCGGAGUCGAAAAAAAUCUUUUGUGUGUUUCGCGUCGGCCAUUAAAGCACUUCAGCUAGCACUCCUCGGGGGCGAACUGUGCGCUGCAGCCUGAACCAUUUCGGCGAUGAAGAAAGCCAAAUUCAUUCGCUGAAAGUGGCUUUUAUCGCGUUUUAUUGCGGGAAACGUGUAUACGCACAUGCAUACUAUUAGUUUAGUGUACCGAUUAGGUCGACGGUCAACGCUGUAUACGUGAAAUUUUAGGAUUCUUUUUGAGACAGUUCUGGCGGAGCACCUUUUUCCUCUGGAUGUAAGAAAAAUAUUCUGUGAAUCAAAGUGGAAGCAGUAAGAAGAAGUGUUUGUUUCUAUCGCUUGCCAGCGAUUUGUAUGUUGUGUGAAUAAAUGUCAAUAUAUUUUUGGAUCUCUGGUCAUUUUUGAGUGAAGUGUCAAUAGUACUGUGUCUAUGAACUGUUGAAGGUUUUUUUACUGAAGCUGCUGCGUGUGCAUUGAAGAAGAACCCCACAAAUGGAAGACCCUAACCGAAUGAUGGGUCACAGCGGCCUGGUGCCGCCAAACUACGGUAUGCCAACGAACGACGGCCAAUCGGUAGACAACGAUCCCCGCCGGCAGGAUAUCGGCGAGAUCCUACAGCAAAUCAUGAACAUCACGGACCAGUCGCUGGACGAAGCUCAGGCCCGAAAGCACACGCUUAACUGCCACAGGAUGAAGCCCGUCCUGUUUGCGGUGCUGUGUGAGAUCAAAGAGAAAACAGUUCUGUCGCUGAGGAAUACCCAGGAAGAGGAACCACCAGAUCCGCAGCUGAUGCGUCUGGACAACAUGCUGAUCGCUGAAGGAGUUGCUGGUCCGGAGAAAGGCGGUGGUGCAGGUGCGGCGGCCGCAGCUUCGGGUGCGGCCAACGAUUUCCUUUCGCAAUCGGACCUAACCGGGGGUCAGGACAACGCCAUCGAACACUCAGACUACCGAGCCAAGCUGGCCCAAAUCCGUCAGAUCUACCACCAAGAGCUGGAAAAGUACGAACAAGCCUGCAGCGAGUUCACCACACACGUUAUGAAUCUGCUGCGCGAGCAAAGUCGCACCAGACCUAUCACACCGAAGGAGAUUGAACGAAUGGUACAAAUUAUUCACCGGAAAUUCAGCUCCAUUCAGAUGCAGCUCAAGCAGUCCACUUGCGAAGCCGUCAUGAUACUACGAUCCCGCUUCCUGGACGCCCGGCGAAAGAGACGCAAUUUCAGCAAACAGGCUUCUGAAAUUCUAAACGAGUACUUCUACAGCCACCUUAGCAAUCCGUACCCUUCGGAAGAAGCUAAGGAAGAGCUUGCCAGAAAAUGUGGCAUAACUGUUUCCCAAGUAUCGAAUUGGUUCGGCAACAAGCGCAUUCGCUACAAGAAAAACAUCGGCAAAGCCCAGGAAGAAGCGAACCUGUAUGCAGCGAAAAAGGCUGCCGGUGCGUCGCCCUAUUCCAUGGGUGGCCCACCUAGUGGUGCUGCCACCCCGAUGAUGUCCCCUGCCCCCGCCCAGGAUUCGAUGGGAUAUUCCCUCGGUUCCGGCGGAUACGACCAGCAGCAGGCGUACGACGGUAGUAUGGGAUACGAUCCGAUGGGUGGCCAUCAGGAUUUAAGUCCUUGAGAUGCGGAGUACUAAACUCCAGUGGACCCUAGGGAGUGCACGGUCGCUGCGGCACUCGGCAUAACGUAGUAGGCAAGUGUAGGAAAUCUGAAAAACAAAGUUAGAAAUAAUUUUAUAUUCUAAUUUAAUUGAGGAACAGAGACGAAGAAGCGCAUAGGAUCAGGAUAGCACCGAGGAAAAGUAUGUUCCGCUUAAGCACACUUAAUUUCUCGUUCAGUACAUCGUAGAAUGAUUUAGUUUUAAAUCGAAGCAUUAUUUAUAGUACUGCUAAAUAAGUUUUAGUAGAACACAUCAGUUACAAACGAGUGCAAACAUCUCGCAUAGAAAUAGAAUUAGUGUUUACAACUAAAACAAUAAAAAAUGUCACUUGUUUGAUCUUUUACACGACGGUGCAAACAGACUCGGUAAUGCUGUCCCUGGUUUGUCCGUUGAUAUGAACGUACAAUUUUCCUUAUAGCAAGCAAGUGAUCUGCCUUAGUUUAUUCGAUCCUAUACAUUAGUAGAAUUUUACGUAAAUCAUCGCUGCAAUACGUUCUACAUAUUAGUUUUUUACGUUACGAGUGCAUUUUCUUCUUUGCAAACAUCCGCCCAGAUGCCAAGAACAGCGAUUUGUUUAUUCAGUCGAAGUGUAAAAUAAUACUGGAACUAAUUAAUCCCGUCUGCUUUAAAUGAUAUUUGGGUUUUUUCACAGAUUUGUUACCUCAACUGGUUUAUCCCUACGAGAGGGACAAGGCAUUAUACAUUUUUACCAUUUAAAAAACAACCUAUGUGUUAACCAGAUUCUCCUAAUUGACCUACGUAGAUCCACUAACACAGCUAAGAAAGUUAAGAACAAAGCAAAGGAUACUUCAAUUCUACCGAUAGAAAAUAAUUUAAAGAAACAACAACUAUUGUGUAUACCAUUAGGCAUUAGGAAUCAAGCGAUACUAUUACAAUAGGCCAUUAAAUUACACAAUUCAGGUCAGUUUCUGGCUGAUGACUCCAUGUAAACGACAUCCACCACACUCAUGGUUGCCAUGGAGGUGGCAAACCAAGCUCAUUCGCCGUAGGACACAAUGAAUGAGCAAGCCGCACUCAAAUUAUAUACGUAAACUAAAAUAACGCAAGUUAGUGAAAGCAGAAAGUUAUGCGAGAAAUUAUUUCCCCUGUUCUAGCAAUAAUUGGAGGAAAACAAACAACAACGCUAUUUUUAGAGUAGACGCGUUUGGAGCAGUUUAAUUUCUUCCAUAUAUAAAGCAAACAAGUAAAACGCUGUAAGCAAACACACGAACACAUACAUACACAAAAAAACGUACUCUCCAACUCACAUUGAAGCAACACAAACACAAAGUAUACAAUUUUCAAGGUUUUAAAAUUUUGGAAACCAUUCAGAAAAAAAAGUUCGGAACCCAGAUAUACGAUUCGCUAUACCAAAAUUUAGCUAUACCCCCGCCAGAAAGGAUUUGUACUUAAAAUUUAAAGCAGAAUUGACCUAGCAACCUUGUCAUUUAUUAAUGGAAGCAAGAAUAUGGGUGCAUGUGUGCGUUUUAUUAUGCAAAAUAUACCAGAGUAGCAGUGUUUAUCCAACGGAAUACGCUCAUACACACACAAGCAGAGAACAAACAACAACAAAAUGACAAUAUGUGCAAGCAAAGUAUGAAAAAAAAGUAACGAAGCUGAAAAACGAAAACCUGGUAGCAAAGCCACCGACCUGGGCGCUAUGGGAGCUACUCCGGUACACUCGGGUUGAGUCCCAGGUCACCGUGUGACACGUUUUAGAGAAUGCGAGUUGAUGAAACAAAAAAUUAAGCGAACAAAUCAUUUGUAUACGAUAUAAUAAUAAACUAUUAUAAAUAAUGAACAAAAAAGUUUGAAAAUAUACUAUUUAAAAAAAUAUGACUUGUGGACAAACUAAAACUAUUUUCCAAUCAUUUUAAUAGAAAAUUUAUGUUUCGGACUAAAUCAAGAGCAAAAAAUACAAGUAAUAUCUAGUGGCUUUUAUUGUUAAGAAACUAACGCGAAGAGGAUGACGUUCUCCGAUCCGGUUUUCAGUUCCGAUUUGCUCGGAUGGAAUGAAGAAAGCUACAGAAGAACACUCCCUGGAAUGAAGCACUCAGGUAAAAAUCGAAUUUCAGCCGGCAAAUGACACAUACGUACAACAACUACAACAGUUCAUGUUUGUCAUUGGUUUCGUUAUCUAAAGCUUGUCAUUAGCGAUACCCAUUCCCGAUAAAAGCAAUCUUCAUUUGUAACAACUUUAAUUUCUUCGGUUGUUCGGUUAUCAUUUGCAAUGUUCUGUUCCUUUACAGUCCUUCAUAUCAGUAGUCCGUGAGACCCUAGAGCACACCGCACGCGAACUUUUCUCAACUAUCACUGUAUUCUUUAAAUUGAACCCAAAACGCAAUCAGCAUUGUGUAUGCAUUUAAUUGAAUAUAAUUUUGUUUUUUUUUCAACACUGACGUCUAGAUUUAACGAGGAAAUAAACUAUGAGGAAACCGUUCUUGAGAAUAACUAUGAACAUGAAAAAACGAAAGUAUGUAUACGAAAACGAUUUAAAAAUCUAUUAAAUCUAUUACAUUUAAAUUUUAUGUGUACUUAAUUAUAAUAACUGAGAAAAAGAUACAAAAAAUAACAAAUGUGAGUGAAGAGGUCGAAGUGGAAGCAGUAAAUUAACAAUUAAUCUUAGUAAAGAUAUGAAGUAAUAUAAAGAAAAAUAAGAU